UCCAAUUUCAGAUCAUCCGACAAUUCUGCAACGAAAGUAUAUUCGCCCACUAUGGCGAUUAUCCAUCCCCAUGUGCCCUGAACAUAGUAUGGUCCACAGUGGUGUGCACGUUCAUAUUGGGGGCGGCCGUAGGGUCAUUGGGCGGCUCUGCACUGGCCGCCCGGUUGGGCAGAAAGAGCGUCUUGGUGAUAUGCGCUGCCUUGGCUGCAAUGGCUGCCGUAAUGUUCUUCUCUUGCAAGCCUGCUGGUAGUGUUGAGAUGCUUAUCCUUGGAAGGUUGCUUGCCGGAUUGUCAGCGGGUUUAACUACCUGCGUCAUGCCAAUGUACUUAACAGAGUUGGCACCUCUAAGACUGAAAGGAGCAAUGGGUGGCCUAUGCCCCUUAGGAUUAACAUUUGGGCGUACUAUCUGGACAAGUGUUAUCCAUGAAUAGUUUACUAGGGAACGAGGACUAUUGGCCUCACUGUUUAGCUAUUUACGCAUUGCCGACUUUUAUUUCCAUUUUCGUUCUGCCAUUACUACCAGAAAGCCCAAAGUUUUUGUUUGUUGUAAAAAACCAACCACAAGCUGCCUUGAAAGAAUUGCAAGUGAUUCGUGGAGUACAAAAGGAGUUGUUGAUAGACGAAAUAGAGAGUCUGAAAAUUGAAGCAGACGAAAACAGGAAAAAUGCAGGAGUCAGCAUUGGGUUGGGAAAAGUGAUAACGGAUCGUUCUCUGUUACUACCUCUCACGUUGGUUUGCUCUUUACAAGCAGGGCAACAAUUCAGUGGAAUAAAUGCGGUAUUCUACUAUUCGACUGACAGUUUUAAAGCUGCGGAUUAA